AAGUAAUUAACACUCCUGGACCGAUGUGAAAACGUUCGUCCAGGAUUAAUGUUAUAGCCAACCAAUCAGGGGUCAUUAGAGGUGGGAUCAUUAGAGGUGGUACGUCAUCAACAGGGCGACUAGCAUUUCCAAAUAUUCGCCUUAUUCACCCGGAACGUUCUAAAGACGUUGAGGGGUACACUUCAGGGGUGCAUUCGGCAACGCACCAGCUGUCAUGGCGCCUCAGUGUUGUGUGCCCAAAUGUGCGUCCUCAAAGAGAAAAAAUCCUACCGUGGACAGACUUUCCACCGUUUCCCCAAAGAGCAGGCACUUCGCCGUGAAUGGAUAAAUCACGUCAAGAGGGAUCCUGGUCCAUAUUUCAAGAUCAACGCUGAGACCAAGGUUUGCUCUGAGCACUUUGAGAAGCAGUGUUUUGUAAAGACCGCCCGUGGUAUCACAAAGCUUAUAAAGGAUGCUGUGCCAACUUUGUUCGCCUGGACUUCAGAGAGGCCAAAGAGGAGAAUCAUCAUUCGCAGACCGAGUACGGAUUCCAUGGAGGUGGAUGAAAACCAGCCUGAUGUGAGAAGGGAUGCCUUGAGGUGGAGCUUUCCCAUGACCAAGAGAUGAACGCUAAACUCAAUAGUUUUUUUUUUUCUCCUCCUUCCUGCCUGCACUGUAGAAAAAAGUCAGUCAGUAAACAAAACAAAUGAUUGGAUUUCACAGAUUUGUUUAUUACAAUUUCAGAGAGAAGUGAUGUAUGCAUAAUAAAAUACAUUAUUAUAUAAUAUAACAUUUAGUAUAAUAAGAUGAUCUAUGAUGCACACUUAAAGCAUGAGAGAUUUGUAGAAAUAAACAUCAAUUCAAUGUAUGUUUCCUAUUUCACUUGUGACUGAAUUUUUCAGAAUACGAAGUCUUGCGCUUGUUUGUGUUUCUGUGACUUCAUCUGCAUUGAAAGUGCCACUUGGGCCUAAAAAGGGUGGAGUCACAAGGGAGACAUUUCAUUUUGAUAGCAUUUCCUUAAUCAGAAACCCUUUGUCUGCCAUGACUAAAUCGCCUUCUUCAAGCAUU